AUGUCCGCCGCCGCCGCCGCCCCGAUCCCGUUGCCGUUCCGCUGGGAGCGACUCCCAAACGGCCACUGGAUAACCGUCUGCGCAGACCACAAACGCAACGUCUGCCGCGACUGCCGCAGGGACUGGAGCCACGACCUCGGCUUCGACGACUACCUCUCCGACGACGAGGAGGAAGAAGGAGGAGGCCUCUUCGGCCGCGACCCCGUCGACAGGAAACCCCGCAACGUCUCCUACUCCGACCUCGUCCGCAGCAAAUGGGGCACCCGCAAGAUCGCCGCCAGGCCGAGGCCCGUCCCCGCCGGCGGCCUCCCCGUCAUCCGGGACGCCAUCCGCGGGAUCCCCUUCGCCCACGCCGGCGUCUACCCGUGGCGCCCGGGCAAGGCCAAGCCCCGCGAGGAGGGCCUCAGGCCGCAGGACCUCUAUCCCCCGGCCCCGGCGGCGGCGGCGGCGGCGGGGGUGGAGGAAAGACGCGCCGGGUUCCGCAGCUGGCACCGGCCGCGCGAGAUGCUGAUCUACACGGACGGUGCGUGCUCGGACAACGGCAAGCCGCACGCCCGCGGGGGCUGCGGCUUCGUCUUCAACGGCACGGCGGACGGCCGGGUGUCCUUCAGGCUGGAGGAGGUCGGCCCGGACGGGAACAAGCGCCCGCAGACGAGCAACCGGGCGGAGCUCCGCGCGACCAUCGCCGCGCUGACGUUCCGCAAGUGGUGUUUCGACGGCGUCGAGAGCAUCGUCGUCGCGACGGACUCGGUCUACGUCGCCGAGGGCGCCACGGACUGGGUGGAGAAGUGGCGCUGGCGCGACUGGAGCGACCGCAAGGGCCGGCCCACCAAGAACCGCGAUCUGUGGCUGCUGCUCCUGCAGGCGAUGGACGACCUCCGCCGCGACCAACGGGUCAUUGUCAAGUUCUGGAAGAUCCCUCGCGCGUGGAACAAGGAAGCCGACAAGGCUGCCAAGGACGCGGUCGCUCUCAAGCCCGUCGCCAAGUACAUGGACAUCACCAGUGUCGGAUCCUAG